AUGAGUACAGAGUUCUUAUGGAAGAUAAAUAGGCAGUGGGCACGACGUAUACGUACUGGUGUAAUUGCUUCAGCGGUGUUAUCAGUUCCGUCCAUAUAUUUGUUAGCCAAUGGACCAUAUUUGAAAGAAUACUUUGAGAAACGAUAUGAUGUGUCUAAUGUAUUACCCAGUCAUCUUCAGCAAAUUGUUGAUUCAGAAUAUGAAAACUUCUUAAUGUCAGGUAACCGAGUACAAAAAAGAAAACGAAUCACUUUUUACUGUUCAACCUCAGAAAUGUAUUUGGAUUCAGUAACACACGGAGCCCUUAACAGUCCGUGGGGAGCCCGGACAGCUUUACCAUUUUAUACACAAUUCCAAACGUUCAAUGAAGCUUAUGAUUACUGCAAGAAAAAACUGGAACCAAUGUUGUUCAUGGGUGAGCAAGCAUGCGUCAUUUGGGAAUCAAAUGUUGGUCGACAGAUAAUUGAGACAUUCCUUCUUAGCGACGAUGCCUUAAGAUUCCUGGUACUGCGUGAUUUGACUGCACAUGAAGCUAUAAAAAGAACGGCGUUAUUUGUAUUUUACUGGCUUUGUUAUACAAGUAUUGCCUUUAUGUUAUCUCAAAUCAUAGUACAUUAUUAUUUUACUAGCAGUGUACUGUGGUUUUGUGGAUUGUCCUUAAUUCUAAAUAUUCCGGCAUGCUGGGGCAGUAUACAGAAUGCCAAACUUGAUUGGCAUGCUACCGAUCAAUCGGCCGAUGCCGAUGCUGCUCGGGUUUCGUUGGCACAUAGCAAAGGUGGUAAAGAGUAUUAUCAGAAAAUGCUGAAACGAAAUCGACUGUUACGAGAGAUAAUCCAUGAUGGUACGAAGAAAGUGUCAGCUGUAGGCAAUCCAAAGAAUUCUAAUACAUCGUAUUGGUCACGAUAUACGUCAUUAGUAGAUUUGGAUGCGGAAAAUAAAUUGUUGGAUAAAAUAAGUGCUACUGGUGAUUCAUGA